AUGGCUUCGCCCUCAGCCACAGACUCUCCAGAAGAGGAGAGCACCGAUGUCCCCGAGGUGACGCAAGCAGAGACGAGAUCGGCCGUGUCGCGACUCCGGGCUAAGAACACAGCGCCCGGACCCGACGGAGUUCCUGGUCGAGCUCUCGUCCUGGCUCUGAAGGAGCCAGAGCCCCAGCUGAGGGGGCUCUUCACGGCAUGUCUCGAGCAGGGUCAAUUUCCCAGUGUGUGGAAGCAGGGGAGGCUGAUCCUGCUCAGGAAGGAGGGGCGCCCCGCGGACUCACCGUCCGCGUACCGGCCCAUAGUGCUGCUCGACGAGGCGGGCAAACUUUUUGAGCGUAUUAUCGCAGAUCGCCUCGUCAGCCACUUGUGCAGAGAGGGGCCGGACCUGGACGAGAACCAGUUUGGUUUUCGUCGCGGGCGCUCCACCAUAGACGCUAUUACGCGCGUGAGGGCCCUGACGGAGGAGACAAUAUCCCGGGGUGGGGUGGUGCUGGCGGUGUCUUUAGACAUCUCCAACGCCUUCAACACCCUACCCUGGAGUUGCAUUCGGGAGGCAAUGAAUUACCAUCGCGUGCCUCCCUACCUCCGCCGCACAAUAGGGGCUUACCUUGAGGAGAGAUGCGUUACGUAUCGGGGACGUGACGGCGCAGGUCGGUGCGUCAUGUCGUGUGGUGUCCCACAGGGAUCGGUCUUGGAACCGCUUCUGUGGAACAUCGGCUACGACUGGGUGCUGAGAGGUGAACUCCCAUCGGGCGCCGAAUUGACGUGUUAUGCGGACGACACGCUCGUCACUGCCCGGGGGAGCUCGCACAGGGAAGCAGCGUUGUUUGCCAUGGCUGCGGUGUCACAAGUUUACGCAGAAGAUUAUUACUACGCUCCAGGGAAUGUAACCCGUACAACGUUGUCCGGGAUACAAGCGUAUCGAUCGGCUUUGACCCUUGACUGGUUGGCGGCAGAGGACUCGAGGCAACGUGAACUAGUAGCGGCCUACGAGACCGAACCUUCCGCGCCAGCCAGAGUUAUAACAACCGAGUGUAUCAACUAUCCAAAACCGUCGUCGGGGAAGGUUGCUAAGUUAAUGUUGGAGCUGUUGAAGAACCUAGAAGGAGAUGACGGCAUACUAGUUCCCGAAUUAAUUCAAGCGCUCGUUCGAGCGAGGAUGAUAGUGGAAACCUCAAUGUUGGACGCAGAGCCUAACCUCGACUCAUUAGUUAAGACACCCACAAUGAUGAUGGGGGAACCACACAUCACGUUCCCCAGGAUCCUGGCCAUAGUGUGGAUGCUUGUUACUGAUACUACAGCGACACGAAGUAAUGGUUGGUGUCCUCUUCAAAAGGUAAACAAAUAUCUCAUUUCAACGAAGACUGCGGACAUUGCAGAGCACUUGCGCGUUUUAGAACCGGUGGUAGCUCGGGCUCGAUUUAUCAUGGAGGAGUUUAUUCAAAAUGUGACACCACUUAAUAUGUAUCAAAAGAAAACGAAAACAGCUAAGCCGAAGCGUACUUCCCAGCCUGAGAAUGUUGAUGCACUAGAGAAACUGCCUCGGUCGAGGGACAUGGAUAUGCUUCAGGACCACCAAGAACAGCAAGAUAACCUGACUUUGGAGUCAGAUUACUCCAGCACUCCUUUAUUGGAGCAGGUGCGGCAAGCGGAUACCCAAGGAGAAACGCAAGCCGUUGCGAAAAAAAGUAAUGCAGCGAAAUUGGCGGGAUUUUUUAAUGUUUUGACUAUUGCAUUUACUGUUUUAUAA